AUGUCCGCCGAUGACCUAAGAACCUGGCUCAAGGCUGCUGCCGAAAACAAAAUCACUACAAAGAACACAUGGAGGUCGACCCUAAUUGACCACUUUACAAAUAUAGACGAGUUUCGGGAAAAGCAAGGGAUCAAUUUCCAGAAAGCCAGUUGUACAUUAGAUGGGUGUGCCAAGGUCUAUUCAACCCGUGUAGAUGAUGUCUCCGAAAAUGCAGUGAGGCUUCUGGAGGGGUUUGGAAGAGAGGAAAGUAAGAAAAAGCAAAGUAGGAAACAAACCAAAACAACAAUAGAAAAGAACAUUUUCAAUCUCAAUAUCAAAGUGAAUGCUUCUAGAAAAUCGGUUGAUCCAAAGUUUCUAUAUUUGACAUCGCUACCUGAAAAUGUGCUGAUGAUUGACGCCGUGGGGAUUUCAUCUGAUGGAGUACUUAGAAUGUCAUCCUCCAAAGAUGGAAAAGUUAUUAUUAUAGAUGAUCAUCUUAAACUUCCCAUAAGCUUUCCAAAAGGACUUCUUAUCUCCCCUAGUAUAAGUGAAGACAAGGAGAUAGAAAAGAUGAUUAUAGAGCCUAUGGCAGAUAAUGAUCAGGAGGACUCCAGAGAAUUUGCUGGGCUCGAUACUGACCGGAACUUUGACCUUUCGGAGAUUCCUCUAAUAAAUGACAACCAGAACUUCGGCUACAAAGAAGCUUCAGUUUCUCAUUUUAAAGGAUGGGCUGGGCCAAAUCAUUGGAAGAUACAAGCCAAAAAGGGAAGAAAUGGAAGCCAAAAACCGAAAGAAACAUCUUUUUUGGAUUUCACAGAAGUUAUUGAUCAUGAAAGUAUAACAGAGCCUGGGAAUACACUCUUUGAUCCUUCGUUUAUAGUAGAACGUAGAGAAAACCGUCAUAUAUUACCUCAAGACUUUAGGCUGGAUGUGGAGGACCUAUACAAAUAUUUGAUAAGAGACGGAUCCUUCUAUGGAAAAGAUCAGAGAUGUGAGGAUGAGGCUAUUGACUAUUCUCCUUCGUCAUGCGUUAUGGAGGAGCCUGAGGAUGAGUUUAUAGCUGAUAUCCCUUUGCAGGGGAUCCAAAAGAACCCUAUCCCGUUCAGAAAAACAUCUAAGAAAGUCAACAUCAAAAAGCUGAAAGACAAUGUAUUUGACUCUGUUAUGAUGGGAAAUACUACUUUACUUUCUAUAUUUGAAAGUGUGCCUAAAAUAUAUGGAGACGAUGAGUCUAAAGACAUUUCUGUGCAUCUUUGUUUUAUUUCCCUUCUCCAUCUUGCCAAUGACAACAAUAUUCAGCUCAAAGGCGUAGGAAAUGAUGUAGAGGUAUGCAUCCUAUCAAAGCCAGGAGCAUCAGGGUAG